GAGCGGCGUGUCUCAGUGUCUAUUAACCACUGGACGGUCGCGGUUCGCCCACACGACGCUCUUGACGCGCGCACCCAGCACAUAGCGUCGGUCAAACACUGUUUUUGAAAAACGGUCCGCGAAACUAGCGCCCUAUGCAACGCCCUGUGCUUCUGGUGAAGGGGUAUAUCAGGCGAUAGAGAUCGGAUGAUCACGCGCCACUCCACGUUCGCAUCAACGAGCGGCUCCUGUGACGUGUUUGUGCGGUUUUUGGUUUCUGGCAAGUGGUAAAGUCGUCCGGCGAAUGAUACAACAAGCGCGCAAAGUUUGGUGAAAUUCACGCUUCUAACAACCCCGUGUUUGAGUUUCGCGAGAGAAAGAAGUCGCCGCCGAAAGAAACCGUUAGUGUGUGCUUGUGUGUGUGUGUGUGUGUGUGUCUGCUCCUGUUCCUUCCGAGGUCAUCCUCUGUCCGCUUCGCAAAAAAAAGCGGGAAGUCUCGGUAGCGACGGCGGCAGCAGCAGCUGAGUACUGUUUCGUGCGGUGCGGCAGGAAUUUCUCACAGUUUCACCGUGGCGCUGAACGCGUACAUCGAGCGGGGCAUCCGGCUGCGCCAGGAGCGAGCCCUCGAGCAAUGGACGCACACACGCAUGGACGCGCUGGACAGCAGCAGCAGCCAGCCGCCGCUCGGCCCGCAGCUCUCUAGUGCCAUAUCGCGCUGGAUCCUGUACGGUACCGUCGUGCCGAGCGUCCACGUCACGCCCAACGGCACGCACCGGCAUCAUCAUCAUCAGUACGCGACGCACUCGGUCGCCUCCCACUAUCACCGUCCGCUCGUGCGCAGACCAUCGUACCGGCGCAAAAUGUCGUCCACCGAAAGCGGCGCCAGUGGUAGCAGCAGCCCCACGACCAGCCCCAAAGUGUCCUCCUCCCCGGUGCAGCAACAUCGCCGUCGGACGGCGGCGGCGGCACCCUCACCGCAACAGUCCCGUCGCCGCACGGGUCGGGAUCUGCAGCGUACCGCCACCGCCAACUCGUCACAUUCCUCGGCCGGAUCCAUUACCUCCAUACUGUCCAGCCUGUCGUCGGCGAACAGUGGUGGAAGCCAGCAGCAGCGCAAACAACGUCGCAUCAAGCGACGAACCGCCCGCAAGUCGGCAACGGCGGAAGCGAAAGGGGCCCGGCCCAGCGCACGCAGCAGCAAAAGCAACGGCAGCAGCAGCAGCAACAGCAACAACAAAGCCAACACCGACACGCGAUGGACCGACGAAAGCCGGUCGGAAUCGUCGGAACAUUCCAUUGAGGGGCCAGUGUCGAUGCCCUGGUUCGGCAUGGACAUUGGCGGCACCCUCACGAAGCUGGUGUACUUCGAGCCGAAGGACAUCACGCCGGGCGAGCUGGAUCAGGAGGCACGCAUCCUGCGCAACAUUCGGCGUUACCUGACGAAAAACUCGGCCUACGGCAAGACCGGCCACCGGGACAGCCACCUGCAGAUGGACGACGUGGUGAUACGCGGCCGGCGCGGCUCGCUCCACUUUAUCCGCUUCCCCACGUCGGAGAUGCUCAGCUUUCUGAAGCUCGCCAAAUCGAAGGGCAUGGCCCAGCUGGUGACGACCGUCUGCGCGACCGGGGGCGGUGCGUUCAAGUUCGAGGAAGACUUCCGGCAGCACGUCAACAUGAAGCUGGCCAAGUUCGACGAGCUGGAUGCGCUGAUCAAGGGCAUCCUCUUCACGGAAACGCACAACAAAUGUGAAUGCUACUUUUGGGAGAACGCCAACGAAAUUAGUAGUACGAAGAAAAAGUUCGACUUUAGCCAACCGUACCCGUUUAUACUGGUGAACGUCGGGUCGGGCGUCUCGGUGCUGGCGGUGCGCGGCCCGGACAACUACAAGCGCAUCUCCGGCACGAGCCUCGGCGGCGGUACAUUCCUGGGCCUGUGCUGUCUGCUCACCGGCUGUGAAACGUUCGAGGAAGCAAUACAGUUAGCGACGAAGGGCGAUCAUAAGAAGGUGGACAAGCUAGUGAAAGACAUUUACGGUGGCGACUACGAGCGGUUCGGGCUGCCCGGCGAGCUGGUCGCGUCAAGCUUCGGGCAGAUGCAUCUACAGGAAAGGCGGCAAAGCGUCAGCAAGGAAGAUCUAGCCCACGCCAUCCUCGUGACGAUCACCAACAACAUUGGUUCGAUCGCGCGCAUGUGUGCAAGCAAUGAGAAGAUCGAGAAGGUGGUGUUUGUGGGCAACUUUCUGCGCGUGAACCCAAUAUCGAUGAAGCUGCUCGCGUACGCGAUGGACUACUGGUCGAAGGGAACGCUCAAAGCGCUGUUCCUCGAGCACGAGGGCUACUUCGGUGCAGUCGGGUGCCUUUUGCAGUUCAACGGUGAGCUGCACGCACAAGUCGGUGAUUUACUUACUUAGACUAGUAGAUAGGAAGGUAACGAAACAGUGAUGGGAGUGGGAAGACGCGAGAGAACAGGGCAAUAGGCGCCGGCGGUGAUACCUUUCUCUCGUGGUUGUUUUACUACGCGCUAAAUUAGCUUGUUCGUUUUGAUCUAGUUCUUGUAAAAAGAGAGAGAGAGAGCGCGCGAGAGAGAUCUUCUAUACAAUUGAGUGAUAGCUUUUGAAGCUUCUGAAUCGAUUCAUUUUCAUCAUCCUAACCUGCAAAAAGAUUUGGCAAAAUCAGCUCACUCGCUCUCUCGUAAGGUUCUAGGUGUGACCUAACAGCGGAGUAGCCAACAGAAAACAAGGAAAAACACAUUCACUCCUGCGAAAAUUAGUUAAGCGAUGAGCAAAACAAAAUCCCCCCCCCGCAAACAAUCAGCCCCUUUUGCCGUCAGUCCAAUCAUAGCGUAACAUAAUUUAACUUUGCCAAAUCAUGUCCCCGCAUCCCCGCUGGUCCGGCACAUUGAUAGGCAAGGCGCGCGGCCCAUGACGAUCUUUCGACGAAACUUAUUCAACAUAUUUACAACGAGUGAGAUUCAUUAGACACAGGGAGCGCACAGGCGGAAGCUCUUUAGUGCAGCAGGCAGCAGCAAACACACACAAAACAACGGAACCAGGAUAAGUAGUAGCUAAGGUAAUAGGGCGCGUAAGGCAGUGACACUUUGCACCGGGUUGAGGAAGCUUAGUGUAAGUUUAAAACAAUGUUAAGUCGCUGUGGGAUAUAAAACGAGAGAGACAGAGAGAGAGAGAGACAGAGAGAGAGAGAGAGAGAGAGAGAGAGAGAGAGAGAGAGAGAGAGUGAAAGAGAAAAUGAGCGGCAUUGGUGGGGGAAUAGCAGGUGCUCAUUUGCAGUGAUCGCGCGAGAUCAUCGCGUGUUCGGCAGGAGUCGGUAGGAGUAGUAGUGGGUAAAUGUUAUUAAUUAUUAUUAUUAGUUUUAUGGUUAUUAUUAUUAAUUUUAUUUUAGAUUGUUAGUAAGAAGCAAGCGUGUGGAGGGCAAACGAUUGGCAACUGUUUUUUUGAGUUCAAAACUCGACCGUGUAUCCCAUUGUGGUUCAUAUGAAAAAACGAAGACGGUUAAACCCGAAAGCGACGCUAAAAUGUAGGGAUUUUGUUUGAUCCUGUCUCCUCCGACUGCGCAAGAAGUGCGAGGUGAAGUGUUUUAAAACCGAAAAUCGAAAUUCAAUCCAAUGGCCAAUCACUAGCUGCUAAUUUUUACACACAAACACUCAAUCUUACAAAUACAACAACAAAAAACGAACGUAU